AUGCACGAAGCGGUGAGACACACGCUGGCAACGUUAAAGUCCGAGGUAAAGGGAAGAAGACGAGAUCCCGCUCCAACGACGGCGGCGGCAGGAGCUUGCUUCUCGAGCAGGAGAAGACUAAGGCCCCUUCUUCCGAAAGUGGUGACGACUUGUUCUCCUUCAGCGGCCUUGUGCUGCGGCAUCUUGUUGCUGCUCCCAACCGCUAUUACCAGAGUCGCGGCACUGACGGAGAUAACGAACGUGGCCGCGCCGAGAUCGAACCUCACGGCGGGCACCUAUCACACCGUCGGCUGGGUUUACUCCACGGACACCGGCGCCUGGGGCACGACGGGCGAUCUACGCCCCUUCGAGAUCGAGCUCCGGUCGUGCGGUGGAGACGAUGCUCAGCAGGCCGAGUGUGGGCUUGGAGAGUUGUGCGGCAACGAGUACCUCGCGCUGUGCGAUCUGGAGAGGGGGGCCGCCUGCAUGGACUCGGACGGCAGCUACGACGUGCUCAUCCCGGAGGACGUCGACGCCGGCAGGUACGUUUUCAGCGUCACCCACCUCGGCCUCUCCAGCUGGACCUCCGGCGCUUCGUCGACGUCGGACGCCGGUUUGGUCACCGGCUGCUCGGAGAGCUUUUUUGUGGAGGAAGCGGCCGCGAAGGAUGUGCUGGCCACGGAGGCUCCCGCGGCGAGCUCUCUCCAACCGGGAGACGCGUUCACGGCGGAGUGGGAGUACGAGGGCGUGGACGGCGAGGCCAACGGGAGGUUCGAGGUCAACCUAUUUUCGUGCGCUGACCAGGCCUGCGAGCAAGACAGUUGCGGGACCUUGGUAGCGGAGCUCUGUGGGGAGGCGGGCUGUUACGACCCGGGUCCCGGAGACUACGACGUCCGCAUCCCGGCCGACACGACGCCGGGGACGUUCAAGCUCCAGGUGAAGAGGGUUUCCACCGACGAGGAGGCGUGCUCCGCCGAAUAUUUCGUCGUCGAAGCGGCGGCCUCUGACAGCAGUAGUGGUACCCGCGCCGUCUCCACGCCGGCGCCUGUCCCCGCCGCCGCGGCCGCGACCACCACGCCCGCGCCCGUCAUAUCCUCCACGGGGGCUCCGGUGAGUGCGGUCACUGGGGCUCCGGUGAGUGCGGUCACUGGGGCUCCGGUGCCUGCGGCCACGCCGUCUCCGGUCGCCGCUGCCGCUGAGGCCGCUCCCGUCCCAUCGGCCACUUCUUCGGCGACGGAAUCGGGAGAGAUCCCGGGGACGCCGCCGACACCGGUGCCUCUCCGCGUGACGUGCGACCCGGCGGCGGUGGUGGCGUUCAGCUACAAGCUGGAGACGUCGACCCUGUUGCCGCUGAUCACGAUCUCGCACGAGAGCGAGGACAGGGACGAGGGGGGCUGUACGAACUUCUCGGGGCUCUGGGAGUGGGUCAAGACGCAGGAUGCGGACGUGCAGGAACUCCUGUAUCCUGCGGAUCCCACGACGGGCGAAGCGGACACGACCGGGGGGGCGGCGACGGGAGUGUGGCUCCUUCGGACGUCGGUGGACGUGACGAACGGGGUCAUGUUCGAGGUCAUGGGUACCGAAGCCGAAGGGGGCGACAGCGACAAGAUUUUGCUGAGCAGCUCACCGACAAACUACUUCAGGAUCCGCGGGGCGGGGGGGCACCUCUAUUUCUAUCAAACCGAGGUGACGAGCUGGGUAGAGGAGGACCUCGCACCUCACAUGCUGCCGGAUGAUGCUGAAUGGGGAGCUGAGCCGCGUUCUUAUAUCGGCUGUCUCAGCGAGAUUCUCGAGGAGGGGCAGACAUGCGACGGAGUGGCCAAGAAGGAAAGGGGGGAGUGCCGCAUGGAUGUCAUCGAAAGUAUCAUAUCAUACCUUGGGUACGAGGCGACGGAAUCUUACGGGCUGAGCUGGAAGGUGCGCGGCCUGUGCGAUGAUCUGAGCAACAAGGACACGCUGUUCGAGUCGGUCCGCGUGUACGGCGACAUAAAGAACUCCGACAUUUACGGCUUGUGGUACGGGCACUACAGCUACGGCCACCUCGGCGGCGUGUGGACGAACAACUUCAUGCACGACAACCACGUGUACGGGUUUGACCCACAUGACGACAGCGACUACCUCACCAUUACUGGCAACACGUGCUACAACAACGGCAACCACGGCAUCAUCGCGUCCAAGCGGUGCGACCACCUUCUGGUCGAGGACAACGAGUCCUACGACAACGGCGGCAGUGGCAUCAUGCUCCACAAGAGCUGCGACUACUCCACGGUCCGAUUAAACACGCUGUACGGAAACUUCGACGCCGGCCUAUCGCUCGUGGAGACAUCGCAUACAUUGGUGACGGAGAACACGCUGAACGACAACAAGUAUGGCGUUCGCCUCGUGGUCGGCUCCAACGACAACACGGUGCGGGUUACGACCAACAGCGUAAGCAGCAACCGCCAGCACGACCUGUACCUAUACAUCGGCUCUUCCUCGGACGUCGCGGAGGUGGCGCCGUACACUGGGAUCAACGAAAGAAAUUUCUUUAGGCUAGCUCUCACGAACACGUUCUUUGAGACACGCAAGGGCGGAAUAUGGUACACAAACAACGGUGUGUCGGGAAGCGAUUGCAAGCGCCUUGACUACAUCCUGACAAGGCAGGCACAUCACGGCCGAGUAUCUAGCGUGGUCGUCAUCCCCCAGCCGGUUCGCCCAGUGAAGGCAGAAUAUGGCUUGCCCACAACCCGUGCAGUCCGUACUACACCGAAACAGAAGCAAAUCAACCGACGGGAAUUGCAGUUCGAAGCAGCACGGUGUGCGGUGACCAAUCGGUUCCUCCUCAACCUCGACACACGACUGGACGAGCGAACAACCACCGCCGCGGAAUUGGCGAUCGACUUUACCAAUGCUCUCCUCGAAGCAGCGCGGACGGCCCUGCGGGAGGAACUGCGGAGACGCCGCACGCAGGAGUGGUGUGAGCCCCCAGAGACGCGAGCAGCGCUGGAGCAGGCCCUUACCAAACGUCGGGAAGCGCGCCGGGCGAUGAGGGGCAACUGGAACUCAGCGACGUGGAGGGUUCUCAAAGCAGCGUUGGGCCUCAGCGGGAGACAAGCGGGGGGACAACAGUUCGUCGCGGAUGAGAAAGGCGUGUUGCUCCGGAACAGGGAUGACAUCCUCCAGCGGUGGGCGAGAUUCUUCAGCACCCUACUCAACACCAAAUCCCCCACCCUGAACCCAGACAUCAUCGAACGAGUGAUGCAGCGGCCAGCGACACGUGACACUCAACGAUUGGGAGAUGUGCCAAAACUCGAGGAGGUGGCACGGGCGACCAAAGGCCUCAAGAACUGGAAGGCACCUGGUGAUGAAUCCCUCCCUGCCGAGUUGUUCAAGAUCGAUGACGACGAACCCUUCGUCCUGGAACACCUCCAUACCAUCCUCGUCAAGGUGUGGAACGGAGGAGAUAUUCCGCGAGAGUGGAAGGAUGCAACCAUCCAGGUACUGUACAAGAAGGGUGACCGGUCCAACUGCAACAGCUACAGGGGGUUUUCGCUACUACCUCACGCAGGCAAGGUCCCCAUCAAGAUCAUCACCAACCGUCUAAGCGCCUUCUGCGAAGCCGACAACAUCCUCCCGGAGGAACAGUGCAGAUUUCGACCAGGGCGAUCCACCGUCGACAUGCUGUUCGUCGUACGCCGCCUCCAGGAGCUGGGGCAGAGAAAGAUAAUACCGCUCUACAUGUGCUUCGUCGACUUGAACAAGGCGUAUGAUUCGGUGGACCGAGAGAUGCUAUG